GAGGGAGGAAGGGGGCUCCUCCCCUUUGGGGCUCUUGUCUUCCGGCGGGGCCUGCCCUGAGGGGGCUUUCUGAGGGCCAGGCCGACUCCAGCCCGACCCCCAAGUCCUCAGUGGCUCCCUUCGUUGGAGAAACGCGGGGCCGAGGCGCAGAGGGGGGCCCCAUUUUGGCCCUGGCGAGGAGAGAGAGAGAAAGAGAGAGGAAGCCACCUCUGACCUCCUGAGAGUUGUGUCAGGAUGCCUGAACCAUCCCAGACCGACCCACCGCUGGAUUGUGAACGCUGGAGACCCUCUUCGCCUCUUGUGUGGAGCUGGGGCACCGUCCAGUGCCUCCACAGCUGGGAUAUGUCUCCUAAACCCGCUCUGUGUGUGGACCACAGAUCCUGAGGGCUCAGGCAGAGAAACAACGAGAAAGGUUUUCUUGUUGCAUUGCCUUUUUCUGAUGAAGACAUAAGUUGAGACUAAAUUCCAGAACUUCUGAAACUUCAGUUGAUUGAAAUGGAGAUGUUCCAACCUGGGGUCAUUGAGUUGCGAGAGUAUUUAAAUAUGAAUCGGUUAAAGCAGUGGAGCUUUAUGUAAGACAUGGAUAGAUGCAAACAUGUUGGGCGGCUACGACUUGCCCAAGACCACUCUAUUCUGAACCCCCAGAAGUGGCACUGCAUGGACUGCAACACCACAGAAUCCAUUUGGGCUUGCCUGAAAUGCUCCCAUGUGGCCUGUGGAAGAUAUAUUGAAGACCAUGCACUUAAACACUUUGAAGAAACCAGGCAUCCUUUGGCAAUGGAAGUGAAUGAUUUCUAUGUCUUCUGUUACCUUUGUGAAGACUAUGUAUUGAACGAUAAUCCCGAGGGUGACUUGAAAUUACUAAGAAGUUCUCUAUCGGCAAUUAAAAGUCAGAAGCAUGACCCAUCUGCUAGAAGUGGGAGGACGCUGCGGUCAAUGGCUUUGGGGGAGGAUGUUUGCAACCAUCAGAGGGUCCCUCAGGGACAGCCUCAGAUGCUUACAGCCCUUUGGUACAGACGGCAGUCAUUGCUAGCAAAAGCACUGAAGACCUGGUUUGAUAAGAGUUCCAGAGGCCAGCAAAAGCUCGAACAAAAGAAACAAAUGGAAGAACUAGAGAGAAAAAAAGAAAUGGCCAGGCAGCGGCGUCAAGAGAUGAAGCGGAGAUUGUUGGAGGAACUGGCGAGCACCCCUCCAAGAAAAAGUGCUAGGCUUUUGUCACAUAUUCGCAGAGAGAAUCUGAUUCCUCGAAAGUUCAGAGACAUGGAAGCAAGUUCCCCUACCUCAAGACGAGUGCAAAGGAGCAGAUUCAAACAGUUUUAUUCCAUUCGGCGGAAGCCUCUCAUGACACCUGGUGUGACUGGACUAAAGAAUCUUGGAAAUACAUGCUACAUGAAUUCUAUUCUUCAAGUAUUAAGUCACCUCCAGAAGUUUAGAGAAUGUUUUUUGACGCUGGAUCUUUGUGAAACUGAAGAACUCUUAGCUAAGACCGUGAAUGGAAAGUCUAGAAUGUCUGGAAAGCUGCUCAGUAGGCUUGGUCCUACCGAGUCAGGUAGAAAUGAUCAAUUGGGUUCAUAUGGCAGGCAGAGCCUGCCAGCUGGCUUGAAUGGCGGGUCCUCGAUAAGCAAAAGUUUAGAACUAACACAGCCCAAGGAGCCAAGUUCAAAGCACAUCUCUCUCUGUCAUGAACUGCACACACUUUUCAGAGUUAUGUGGUCUGGGAAGUGGGCUUCAGUGUCUCCUUUUGCCAUGCUGCACUCUGUAUGGAGUCUGAUUCCAGCGUUUCGAGGUUAUGAUCAGCAAGAUGCUCAGGAAUUUCUCUGUGAAUUGUUGGACAAGGUGCAGCAGGAGCUGGAAUCUGAAGGAACGAAACGCAGGAUCCUCAUCCCCUUUUCGCAGAGGAAGCUCACCAAGCAAGUCCUGAAAGUGGUGAACACCAUUUUUCAUGGGCAGCUACUCAGUCAGGUCACCUGUAUAACAUGUAACUAUAAAUCCAAUACUGUGGAACCCUUCUGGGAUCUCUCCCUGGAAUUCCCUGAACGCUAUCACUCCAUCAACAAAGGGAUUGUGCCUGUUAAUCAGACGGAGUGCAUGCUUACUGAAAUGUUGGCCAAAUUCACAGAAACAGAAGCUUUGGAAGGGAGAAUUUAUGCAUGUGACCAGUGCAACAGCAAACGACGGAAGUCUUCUCCCAAACCUCUCAUUCUAAGUGAAGCUAAAAAGCAGUUAAUGAUCUACAGACUACCUCAGGUCCUCCGACUGCACCUUAAACGAUUCAGGUGGUCUGGACGUAAUCACCGUGAGAAGAUUGGGGUCCAUGUCCUCUUUGACCAGGUAUUAAACAUGGAACCUUACUGCUGCAGGGACACUCUCUCCUCUCUUGACAAAGAGACCUUUGUCUAUGACCUCUCGGCUGUGGUGAUGCAUCAUGGGAAAGGGUUUGGCUCAGGACAUUACACGGCUUAUUGCUACAACACGGAGGGAGGGUUUUGGGUCCACUGCAAUGACUCCAAACUGAAUGUAUGUAGUGUGGAGGAGGUAUGCAAAACCCAGGCCUACAUUCUUUUUUAUACUCAAAGAACCGUGCAGGGCAAAGCAAGUAUCUCAGAAACACAACUUCAAGCUCAGGUGCUGUCCAAACACAACGAUAAAGACAGAAGAUUGACACUCCCAUGAGAGGAAGCAUUAAUAUCUCAAUCAGCUGGCUCAUCUUUUUAAAAAAGCCUUUGGAGUUCACUCAUCUUGGCAGGAACAAAAUACUGCUGCAGGAAUUAUUUGGAUCCACAGUCUGAAAAAGUGGGCCUCCUACUAUGUGGAACUCUGUUCUAUGAGAUUGUAGCAGAACAUCUAUUUUUUUAAAAGACAGAUGUAUUUGUAAACCCGUCCCUCUUCUAAGCAAAACAAAGAGUAACAGCCUCCAAUGUCUAGGAUCAUUUAUCUUCUUUCCAAGAGAAAUUUAAUUGGCGUGGAAAAAUAGGUGCAUUCAGACUUAUGUGUACAACCAGGAUACAAAGCCAUCACUUUGACCACACAUAUAUAAAUUCCUUCAAAAAAAGGGAUGAAUAGGUACAGUAAAAUCUCAUUUAAUCUAUGCUGCCUUGGUAUAGUAAAUGGUUCUUGCACCAAUUGGUGUAAAUAGCUGUCACAAUUAUUAUACAGCAUCCAUCUUUCUAACCCAACAUGUGGGUGGAUGGUGUUGUAUUGUGCUGAAGCUCAAGUUAAGAUAUUCUCACCAGCAAAAUGUGCUUAUCUGCUCUGGCUUGUUAUGUUGUGUAGCAGGCAUGUCCUCUUUUACAUCUGUGAUCAUUCCAGUCUAUUGAAAUUGAAAUUACAUAAAAAUCUGAAGAAUGUAUCACAUGCUCCAAUUUAAGUGUGUUUAAAAAUGACAAAAUAUUUUUCUCAUUCUUUAUAUUUUCCAGUGUCUGCUAAUCAGAGAAAUAUUUCAAUGGGAGCCACAUUCUCCACUUCCCUAUGUAAUGAUUGCAGACAUUAUGGGAUGCACAUUGCUUUUAAGGCUUUCAUUAUGUAUUGGCUGUCACGUGAUGAUCACUGCACACAUUAUGUGACUCUACCCAGUUUCGCAAUGGAUGAUUUGGUUUCCUGUAUCAGUUACUCAUUUUGUUUUUCAUCUGCUACUGUCAAAACGUAUCAACUCCUCUUUUAUGUGCAUAAUUUCUUAUAUGCAAAGAAUGUCCAGAGGGUGUACUCAUUAUCACACAGAUAAAGAGUGGAAAAUUCCUGCUAACAAAAUCCUAAACCUUAUCCCCAUUCUUCCAGUGAAAUAUCCCCUUCUUAGCAUUUUCAAGGUAUUCAGUUAUAUUGGAAGGAGAUUGUUUCUACCUAAUCAUCUUCUUUCUUUCCCUCAUCCCCAGUUCAUGGGGUUUUAGAAUAUUAGUUCACCCAUAUCAGCCUACAGUAAAGUUGUGGUGCCCAGAGCCAUCCUUGUCACAUGCCUUGGGUCUCCUGUGCAUGGUGACUCCCAAUAUCAUACGCUAUCCAUGGUGAUUUUAGUUAGAGCUGUUGCUGACCUUUUAUCAUGACACUGUUGCAACUUGACAAAAGGGAUAGACUUGGAAAACAUAGAUCUUGGUGUGGUUGAACAACUUGGUGCUCUUGAAUUAGGAAAAAUAGGAUAUCCCACAUUGUUCACUGAAUUGAAGAUAAAGCACAUGAAAUGUAGUUUUUUUUUUAAAAAAAAAAUCUGGGUUUGUAACUAGUCUGAGGGCAAUGGUCCUAAUUGUUUUUAAGAAAUAGACCAACUUGUAGGAUGUGAGUGCAUGAAAGAUGGCAGAUCUAAUUGUGCAUUUGUGAUAAACAGAUAUCAGUGUUUACCUCACACUGAUUCCUUUGGUCAGGCAAAAUACAGGUACUUCAAGGAAAACUUUCAGAGAUAGCUUAGCCUUUUUAUAAAGAUAGCAGUUUCCACCUCUGUCAAAAACAAAAGCUAUAAUGCAGUGGUUUAGUUCUCAGUAUUAAUUGGAAAUACUGCUAUGGGAGGAGAAUAAUUGGUGUGCUAGAAAUCUGCUUUCCUGGCAAAUAUGAAUAACUGGACCUUGAAAGGUGGACAGGGAUCUGACAUGUGCAGGAUUUUCAUGUUUUCUUGUGAUUGCUAGCUUCCUGAUAAAACUGAAUGGCAAAAGAAUGAAAGCAACAAAACAUAAGGGCUUGCCUCUUCCGGCUCUUUUCUCCCAAAAAACUUUUGAAGUGGAGAAAACAUUGCAUAGGGUUUGCAGUCUUAGACUGUGUCAAGCACAGUGAUUCCACUAGAGUUUCGUCUAUUGUUUAAACUGGUAAGGAUUAGCAUAGUACAGAUGUCACCACAAAUAUUGAGUAUCGAUAUACCUGGUAUUCCAGGAGACUCUCCAUGAGAAACACCUCAGUGAUAAAUUCAGAUUCCACUGCCUGGUAGACUUUGCAACACAUUGAUUCAAUAGAACAAGUUGAAUCUCUGUAAAUCGAAGUGCAGCAUUGAAAUGUGUACAAUAGUGAAAAUAUUUUUUCACCAGUAAACUUGUCAACUGACUGGAAGGGAAAACUCAACCUUUCAUCAACAGAAGCCUGAUGUGCAGAAAUCAACAUCUGAAAGUUUUACAUGAGAUAAGCACCAACAAGCAUUACUGCCUACACAUUGCAUUAUUUUUACAUCAUGUGAUAGCCACUUCCUUUGAGAUAACCUCUAGGGUAAGAGGCAUGUGAGCAGAAGGCAGGGCCAAUUUAUCCCCACCAUUACUCUUGCUUCUUUCUCAUAAGAAGCUCAAGAAAGGUAGUGUUGGGUGUAGCUAUCCUAAGUUAGACUCAGUGCCUGCCACUCUUAAGCAUACCCCUCCUUCCGUUUUCUCUUCUUUCCUUUUUUUUGUUUCUGUAUUUCCCCUCAGGCCCACAGUUAAGAACUUUCUGCCUCAAGUAUUCAGGUGCUGCAAAAAGGUCAAGAAAACAGCCAGCCUCAGACCACAGUGUGGCAGCUAGAACAUUUUGGUGACAAAUGCCUCCUUGUGGCAGUUAUAGCUAGUACAGGGAAACAAGGGUACAGACACAGAGGGCUGCAUACUUCAUGUAACAAUCACAACUACAGAGGUUCAUUAAAAUAGGACACACCUACCAUUCAUAUUCAUCUUUUGACUGAGUAUUGUAAGAAUAGGUGUGACCUGUAUUAGAUAUAUAGAAGAGAGCAUGAAAGGGAGGUGUAUUUGAAUGCUUCACAUUUCCCAAGCAACUUAGGAGAAUAGUAGCCUCUUGUGUGCAUAAUGGAGUGCCAUGUGGAAAAAUGUGCAAUUAAGUUAUCUCUAUAGGAAAGGAACUGUCCUUUGAACUGAGCUUGCUGUUUCCAACACUGUGAGGUUUCUGUAAUAAUUAGCUUUUAUUUGGAAGCGAUAGCGUAUAGCAUUUUUAUGCUGUUUCUUUUAUACCUGUCUACUGCAAGCAGUACUCUUGCUAUGCUGCGUACACUGUUUUAAAGUGUCCUGUUUGGCAGAAAAAAAUAGUAAUAAAUGUUUCUCGACAGUUCCAUAUCUUCCCAUUACAAUGGAAGCCUCUCAGAGUAACAGAUCAGAUAUUGUGUCUUCCCAAACUAAUUUUCAUAGCCACAUUCCACUACGUUGUUUGCGUAUGUGUUAAAAGAAGGCUGGCAUGUCAGUCCAGAUUCUGAAAACUUGUAUUAAUGACCAAUGUGGCACUUCACUCAAAAGCCUUCUGAUGCUUGCAGAGUAAAACAAAAAGCUCAGCCAUACCUUUUAAUCCACAGAGUUUCUCUAGGGCUUCAUGGUAGGAAGCAAGCCCAUUAAACUGGUUUGACAUUGCUGAUUCAACAUGUUUGGGGUUAGGAUGUAAGAAGUGUACAAUCAGGGAUACCUUGACUGCAUUUAAAGAUUAGAUUUUUUAGGAAAACAAAACAAAAGCUCAUUCCGUGUAACUAAAACCAGCUGAAAAAUAAAGCUGGAUGGAGCAAUUUAGAAUAUCAAGUCUUUAAAAUAUUUUGUUACAUCCCUCACUUGUGAACUUGAUGUCGAGUUCUCAAAGAUCUGUAAAACAAGGGACCGCUUGUGAAAGCUCCAUAGUGUUGACUUAGAAUGACCAGUGCUCUUUAUCAGACCUCUCUUAUUUCCUUGCAGAAAUGCAUAUUGCCCUAGACAAAAACAGUGCCACUUGGCCAAACUGUCAUCUUCCAAUUACAUUUAAAGUUACCAACUCAAGUUGUGACAGUGUCAGAUUGCAAAUUUCUUUGUUCCCAGCUAUGGCAAAACACAACUUUUAUCACAGAUGGCUUAAUCGGGGAGGGUGUGUGCGUGUGAAAGCCGUGAGCUUGCAAUUUAUAACAGCAUUCCUAUGCGGAGUGUAAGGAACAGCUCUGCCAUGACUUUCUGAACCACUAGUCUUUUGAAGCCAAGAAAAAAUCUCAGAAUUUUCAGCUGUUGGUCAAAGACACAGGUAAAAUGAUAUCUAUUUGUACUUACAAGCACAGCAUCUUAACUAUAGAAUUGCACCCUGCAUUAUCUUGUGUGUAAAAAAAUGUUACAGCUUUCUUUUAUUGCAGAAAUUUGGUAAACAUUGCUAACUUUAUCAAGCAAGGAUACAAAAUUAUGACUAUCGCCGCAGGCAACUCAAUUGUACUGCAAAUGCACUCUUUUGUUACUUUUUGAACUAUAAAUGUUUUCAUUCACUUCAGGGAAAGCAUAACACACCUACAAAUUAACAUGUAUUUAAAUUUGGUGUUAAGUGUGUCCUAUGGACUCAAAAGGAGACUUUUCUGUGUAUGAGAAGUUAUCUUUGAUGGAGAAGCAGCCUGUUUCUGAUUGUAACAUUUCUUUGUGUGCCAUGUAUGCCUGAGAGAAAAUGUGUGAGUGUUGAAUGUCAGUUAAUUGUCCUGAACACAAACUGCAACAAUGUUCCAACAGUAUUGCUGACAAACUUUUUUAAUGAACUGGGAUGAAGAUUGGGGGUGAGAUUAGUUUUGCCUACUGAUAAAGCUUUGUGAGCAGUUUUUUAAAAGAUAAAAAAUUGGUGCCUUGUAUCUAAUUACAUUUUGCAUGGGACACAAGUCUGAAGUUCCACCCACUCCCAAAUCUGCGUCUUUACAAUACUUUAGUAGCAUCGCUUUUUUUUACACAUUUCAUAUUUGUGUGUGAAUGGGGAAAACGGUUCCUACCAGCAAAUUGAUGUAUUUUACUGUACGUGUCUAAAGACUGUAUUCCUAAUAAUGGAAAUGAUUUUCUUAGAGUAUAAUUUUUGUUUUUGUGUUAAAUCUUUGUCAGUAAAAACUUUUUUCAAAUUAGUUUUUUUCUCUUUAAAAUAAAGUUCUUUUAACUAUAAUGUGGAAAGAAUGCCUAGAUAAACCUAUUGAUAAAACAGUUUGGAAUAGUGUCUUGACUCUUAUGCAUCAGGGCUGAACAUUUUAGUCCCCCAGAGUCAGUUUUUCUUCUAGAAUCCAUAUAGUGUUAGAUCUGUAUGUCCUAUUCAGCCACAUUGCUACUUGAAUAAUUGUGGAGGGUUUUUUUUUAAUUCUCAGAUUUCAGACUUGCAAUCUACAGGUUAUUUGUUUGUUUUAAAUAAAAACAGCUAUGUGAGAUCUAGUGCUUUUUUUUUUUUUUUUUGGCCCCAGCCAGUAUAACAAAAUGGAGCAACCAAAACACCCCUCCAUGGCUCUUUUAGGACAUCCAUCUUACAAUGAAUCAAGAAAUGGCAUACUGUGAUUGUCAGCAGUCUGGCUCUAUCCAGAAUACUAGAAUUCUCAGUGGACUCAGGAAAUUAAAAAAAAAAGUGCGUUAUUUUUGAAUAUUGAUCCUAACAUACAUUGGAUUUUUAAUUGUGAUUAGAAAACAUCCCAUAACUCAACUCAAUGGCAGUUUUUUCUUUAAGUGUGCAUAAAGUUACAUUACUGCAGGGGAACUGUUCCCUUCAACAAAUGUUCUGCUUCCUACUAUUUCCAGUUAUGAGGACAAUUGCUCAAUCCUGUCUUCAAGCAGACUCAGUACUGUUGCAUGGUAAAUGGUAUCCAAAGUUAAAUACCUGUAUACAAGGAUAAUUAAUAGACUUCAACUUCUAGUAAAUUCUUUCAUGAUACCAAAUUUAGUAUAUAUUCAAAUUUCUAGAGCUAUCUCCUCUUUUUAAAUGGAACAGUUCAAAUAGAGUGCAACAUGGUCACUAUGACAUUGCUUCAAUGUGUGUGUUUGGGGGGGGGGGGGAAUCAUGGCAUGUCUGUGUGGGCUUAACAUUCAUAUACUAUUUUUAGUACACAGUGCACUGUAUUCUCCAAGAGAGCCUGUAAAAAGGAAUAGCUAAAUAUACCAAUAAGGAUUCUGCAGAAUACCACAAUGUAUAUUGUGGAACCUGAGUAGCAAGAGAGAAAAGCCUGCUCUCUUUAGAAGAACUGUGAACUUUAAAACUUGCAUCAAUUGAAAAACUGGACGCUAAGCCAGGUUUAGCAAGGUACAAAAACACAAAGUUAGGGGAGCUAUUUUCUGAAUUAAUCCCUCCAGUUUUGUCUGUCCAUUCCCUCUCUACAGAAGGUGGUCCUCAUUUCACCAUCCAAGUUCAAUAAACCUUUGCUAUUCUCUUUAUGUAUUUUAAUUGCCAGAGUUGCAGCCUACUGGUGCUAAAUCAAAUACUGUGUUUUGCAGCUUUGCUUUCUAACUCCAUUCAAUCCAAACGUAUUCCUUGAAUCCCGAUCCAAGCCACUGAAGAGCUAUAUAGGAAAGCUACAUAAUUAAAAGUGAAUAUAAACACAGCCUUUUAACAUCCAGGCAUUGCUAGCUGUUCUACACCUCGUAAGUAAGAACUAUUCUGGGAUUUGGCCAUCCAUAAUGUGUAGUAUCAUUAAGAACUCUAUUGCUACUAAUUAAAUUCUUACAGUUUUUUUUUUCCUAAUGCUAAAUUACUCCAGUAUAUUUUGAAAUUGUUCGAGCUGUUUUCUGGGUGAGUCUGUAAAUGCAAAUAUAUGGGUGCUAGGGUUUUUUUUUAGUGGGGAUUUGAAAGCUAAUCUGCCUGAAUUAUACUUCUGGUUACUCCUUGUAUGAUGUCAGUUACUUAAGUUCAUUUCUUCCACUCAAUACUGCUCCUGCUGAAAGUGGCUUGCAAGAUGCCAAUUAGUGAUAGCAAACAGAAGAUCAAUACAUUGCACAAUAUUUUUUGACUGCAGCAAUUUAUCUUUUACAUCAUAAUCUGGAUGUAAUAGUUACCAACAACUCCAUUAUGCCCUGAUAGGAAGCUGUGGGUCAUCAAAGCUAUGAACAACAACAUGCUCUAACUGUAAAAUCUUACAUGUUUUCUAUCUUUUCUUAAGUGCGGUAUUUCCUAUGCCCUUGGCUCCAAAGUUUUGAUUCAAUUUUAAUGGCAGCAGCAGUUUUAGUUACAUUCCAUUUACGCUUCCAAUCAAAAUACUUUUCAUCCCAAUAUAGGAAGGGAUGGUUUUGAUGGAAAAUCAUCCUUCCAUUAUUGAAGGAAACUUUAAAGCAGACACUGAAGUGGUAAUAAAAUCAUUUAUGAUGCACAACAUCUUGGACCUUACUUCAUUAAAAUUGUACUUUCCAAUUAACUUCAGAGGCAUUGAAUUGCAGUCCAGGACACCAAAAUGCUAUGCAACACCAAAUGGUUUCCUUUCCACAUACAAUAUGAAAUCAUAAUUCCCAACACCAUACAACCAUUUUGCUGACUGAAAACUGUCCAUAAUUAAGGCUCACCUAGGCCUUCUAAAAUGUAUUUUUCCUUUCAAUAGUUAAUAUGUCCUGCUUAAACAAAGGACUGAGGCUUGUUACUAUGUUUAAGUGUGAAUUAUGAAUCAUGUUUUUAUGAUUUUUGUAAAUCUACUUUUUACCUUGUUUUUGUAAGCUGAAAUUUCCUAUUAAAAAGAAAAAGUCCAAUGCA